GUUUCACUGCUUCCCCUCUUGCUUUCUCCUGCUCAGUUGCUGAUAUGAUUCAGGUCGUGUGGCUGUUUGGUGGUUUGUCCUCAUUCGUCAGUGCGGAUGCCUGCUAACAUCUGCUUCAGCAGUGAGCUUUGUGGAGUCUGUGGCUUGAGCAGCUCCAGGUGGCAUCACGAAAUCUGCAUGUUGCUGAACGCUGAAUUGCAUCUUCCCAAAACUCAUAUGCUGAAGUCCCCAUGUGUCCGGAAUUGGUGGGUUCUUGGUCUUGCUGACUUCAAGAACGAAGCCGCGGACCCUCGCGGAAGCAACUGCAAGAUAUUAUCUAAGAAAAUAAGAGGAAGAAAACAAGAAAGAGGAAGACAUUGGAUCCAAGAAAUAGGGAAUCUAUCACCUUACAGAUGAAAAGGGAAUCUACCUGAUCUUUGUGAAGGUGAUUUGAGCAUAGCAGCUCUGCAGGAAACCUGGAGAGCAACAAGCUGAGAUUAAUACAGGACACAGGGCUCCAGUAAGGAUUUCACCAAGGAAAUUACAAGUCAUUUGUUGUAGAGUAUUUUAUGAAUCUGA